AUGAGUGCCAGUCCCGCCCACGGGCCCGCCUUCGAGGCAGCCAUCCAAGUGACGCCCGUCACUUCGCAUCGGUAUUCCGCCUGUCUCCGCGAGGAGUGGUGCAUUGGGGCCGUUCCGCAUGGCGGCUACACCUCCUCCAUCCUCUACCGGCUGGUACUCACCCACUUUGCGCAGACGCAUCCAACGCUCUACAAUGAGCCCGCCACCCCGAUCUCGAUGCAGCUGGCCUUCCUCCGACGCACGGCCACCGGCCCUGCCGUCUUACUGGUCCAGGACACCAAGCUCGGGAAGCGCACUAGUACCGUGCAUGUGACGCUGUUGCAGCCGCCCGAGCGCAAGAAGGCCACGGCCUCCAGCGCCGGCGAAGAAGAGCUAGAGGUCAAAGUCGCUGGGUAUAUUACGGUUAGUCCGGCGCAGGCGGAAGUCGGCAUUAGCGCCGCUACGGGGUGGAAACUCUCCCCGCCUCCGCCACGGGGCUCGAAGCCCGAUGGCGCGGUGGAUCUGGUGGCGCUGUCGGCCACGGGUCGGGACGGUGCCUGGAUGCGUCUUAAUGCCGCGUUUCUGACGUUCCGUCGGGCGACGAAACAAACGGAAUUUUUUGGGCCGGAGUUGGGCGCGGCACCAGGGCGGAUGAUCACGGAGCAAUGGGCUCGAUUCCGGCCCGAAGGGGAUGUCACGGCGCGGUGGACGAACGAGGCCCUCGUCUAUCUGACGGAUAUGUUUCCCACGGCGCUGGCCGGGUUCGAUGAGGCGGCCGCGCAGGCCUCGGGAGAUCGGGCACAGGUCCAGAACUGGUACCCGACGGUGACGCUGAAUAUUGAUCUGAAGCGGCGGUUGCCGGCGGAGGGGGUGGAGUGGUUGUACAGUCGGGUGCACUCGAAGCUGGUGCAGGAUGGCCGGACGGAUCUGGAUGUGACACUGGUGAACGAACGAGGGGAGGUGGUGGCGCUGAGUACACAGGUAGGCUUGGUGGUGAGCGCGAGUCGCAACAUCGGAACCCGCCAGAAGUUGUAA